AUGAAGGCUUGCAGAACAGCUACGCGCAACGCUGGCGCGUCUCUUACAGCUCAGAGAUGCGCCGCCGUGGUCCGCCGCCAUGCCAGCUCCGGCCCCCGCCGACCCGGUGAGAAGUCGGGCUUGGGGAAGGCCACCGCCUUGCUUCUCACGGCAGGAACCGCGGGUGGUCUGUACUACGCCGACGAUUACUUCAACGGGCCUCUCAAGCAGUUCUUCAGCCCCGAGGCCGAGAAGGAAGCUGAGCCCCGCAAGACAAAGUACCAAAAGGCCGAAAUCGAGUUCGAAAAGGCAAGAAAGGAGGCACUGUCAAAGGAGGAGAACCGCGACCUCAUUAGCUCUCAGCAUCUUCAGGUCAAACAAAGCUGGGAGAACCCCGGCGUCUACGCUUGGGGCUCCAACGUGGGCAAGGUGAUCGACCCGCAAUCCAAGGAGACCGUCGUCAAGCUGCCGAGGAGGAUCAAGUAUUUCGAUGGGAAGCUUUUGCGGGACAUCAAGUUGUGCCAGGACUUUGGCGCUGCCGUCACGGAGAAGGGCGAUCUCGUGCAAUGGGGCCUGGGUUUCUCAAACACCGACCCAUCGCCUGUUGAGACGCUCAAGGGCAAGGACAUUUCCAAGAUUGCCAUCUCCAACGACCGGAUCAUUGCACUCUCGUCCAGCGGAUCGGUAUACUCGGUCCCGGCGUCACGCAGCGGCCUGGUGUCCGGCUCGCAGUCGCUACAACAACCGCAGCAGUCGUCGUCGUCGUCGUCCUGGAUCCCCUUUUGGAGCUCGGGCGGAUCAGAGUCGGUCAAGUUCAGAGACCUGACGCCCAAGAACCUGGCCUGGGGUGAGAAGGUCACGGACAUCAGCAGCGGCCUGCAGCACAGUCUGCUGCUGACCUCAAAGGGACGCGUCUUCUCCGCCGCCGCCAGCACGGCCGAGUUCCCUUCCAAGGGCCAGAUGGGCGUCCCGGGUCUGAGCUGGACCUCGCGUCCGGCAGGGCCUUACGACCAGCCUCACGAGAUCACCGGUCUCUCGGGCUUCAACGUUGCCAAGAUCGCCGCCGGCGACUUCCACUCUGUUGCCCUGACCAAGGACGGCAAGCUCUUCACCUUUGGCGACAACACGUACGGGCAACUCGGACUGCCGGCCGAGUUGACAUACCAAACGGUUGACGCGCCGUCUCUUCUGAACACGGCCAAGCUCUACGCCAACACCGGACUCAUCCCGAAGAUCACGUCCAUCGCGGCCGGAGGAAACAACACCUUCUUCACCGUGGACGCCACGGAAAGCGGUAGCGAAACCGUCAGCGGAGACGUCGCGCCGGCGCGGCGCAUGCCAAAGGUCACGGCGGACUUCUGGGCGUGCGGGCAGGGCGUCUAUGGCGCGCUCGGCACGGGCAAGUGGACGCACGUCACGCCGGGGCCGGCCAAGGUCAAGGCGCUCUCGUCGCUCUUCGAGUUCGACGAGAAGAACAACAGGAUGACGCCGAUCCGGCUGUCCAACGUCACGGUGGGCAGCACGCACGCGUCGGCGACGAUGGACAACGUCACGCGGACGGGCGCGACGACGCGCAGCUCCGACAACGACACCAACUGGGGCGCCGACGUGCUCUUCUGGGGUGGCAACGAACACUACCAGCUCGGCACGGGCAAGCGCAGCAACCUGAACACGCCGACGUACAUUGGCGCGCUGGACGGCGGCGCGGGCGACGCGCUCAUGGGCCGCGCGGGCGAGGUGCACCGGUUCCAGCUCACGCCUCGGCAAACCGUCCGGCUCGGCAAGGACGGCAAGGGCAGGAAGGUGACGUUGGAGCAGAGGGUAGAGUGCGGGCGGUUCGUGACGGCCGCCUACUCGGCGGUCUAG